AUGGGUGUCAGAAUCGCUACCUUGGAAGACAUUCCCGCCUUGAAGGAGAUUAUUCUCAAGGGCCUGUCAGAGGAUUCCGUCUUCAAGUACUGCUUCCCCUCAACUCGUUCAGAAACAGCAUCAAAUCACGUCGAGACUGUCCUCAAGAGAAUCAUUGACGCAGAAAACGUCAGCUGGCUCUGCUUUGUGGUUGAUGCUCCCAAGACUCACGACCCUGUUUCCUUGGCCAUCUGCCAAACCAUCCACCAGAAUGCCGAUGGACAAAAGGGCGUUGCCGAGCAGGCUGAGCAAGUCUUUGGUCUAGAAGCAGAUGACAACCAGACAAAGACGAUAAAGAGACUCUCUGCUCUCCAGCAAGGCAUCACAGAAACACAGCAAAAGUACCUCGUUCGUCACACCGAGGUCAUCUUUCUUCAUGCCGUCAUCACGCAUCCUCACUGGAUUCGCCAAGGUUUCGCCAAGACGCUCUCCAAGCAAACCCUGCAGGUUGCCCGCCAAAAGGGCGCCGUAGUAGUCGCUUUGGCUAGCCCCUUCACCGGCUACGUCUUCUACUCUGGUACCAGCUUUGCCAACUGCGGCCGCACGAAGGUUGAGACCGACAACGACAUUGAGAACCUUGAACUCCAAAUCAUGGUUUGCACUCCUCCCAAGCCUCUCGAGCAGCGACGUAGCUCUCUCAUGGACUACUUGGGCGGAGCUACUAAGAAGAUGUCACCCGCUGGUAGCAGACGCGAGUCAUACGACCAAGACGCUGCAGGCGCUCAAGAACAGAGGCGGAGCUCAUUCCUUGACAUGUUCGGUUUUGGCUCAAAGACACCUAACGAUGUUGACAAUGAUGCCCGCAGAAAGUCCCACGCCUAG